AUGGGAGCUUAUCAACACAAUAGUCAUUUGUGGAUUUCAAUGGAACUUAUGGACUGUGGGAAAUUAACUGAUCUCAUCUAUAAAACUAUUCUAAGAGAGGAUGAGAUUGCAUACGUUUUGAGAGAGACACUCAAAGCUUUGAAAUAUUUACACGACAAUAACAAAAUGCAUAGAGAUAUUAAGAGUGAUAACAUUCUUGUUAACUCAAAAGGUGAAAUUAAAUUAGCAGAUUUUGGAUUUUGUGUCGAGUUGAGUACCAAGAAGGAAAAACACAAGAGUACCGUAGGUACACCAUUUUGGAUGGCUCCAGAAGUAAUAAGAGCCAUCGAGUAUGGUCCUAAUGUUGAUAUUUGGAGCUUGGGUAUUAUGGCUUUAGAAAUGGCAGAAGGUGAGCCUCCUCUUAUUGAACUUCCUGUUCUUAGGGCACUGUUUAUAAUUGCAACCCAAGGCCCACCAACAUUAAAGGAACCACACAAAUGGUCAGCCAAUUUUAGUGACUUUUUAUCAAGAUGUUUGGUUAAGGAUCCUAUGGAGAGAGCAUCAUCCUCAGAAUUAUUGGAACACCCAUUUUUAAAGAUUGCUUGUGAACCACAAAAGAUGGCCGACUUGAUGAAAAAGUAUCACUUGUCAAAACACUAAUGUAUUUUUAAUGUAAAUUAUGUCAGAAAACUAUCCAACAAGUUCAUUUUAC